AAGUUAGCUCUUCUUCAUAACGUCAGAAACUUGGCGCUUACAUCACCAAAAGCAGGCUACUGUAGACUUUUAUCAACAUCUGUCUUAACUGGCUCCAUACUGAAGAUCGCACCGUCAACCAGAAAGAAUUAACGACAAUAAGAAACCCUGGAAACGAGCCAAUCAAGAACCUAUUGCUCAAUAAAUAUGCAGAAGAAAAUGCAGAUGGAUCGGACACACGCUAAGGAGACCGUUGGGUGACAUCGUGUGCCAGGCCAUCGUUCGAGUGGAAAUCAAAUUGGGAAACGACAGGUUGGGCGUCUGAGGGUGAUAGUGCGAGGAGAUGAGAGAUUAUGGGAAAUUGUAGAGCCAAAUGAAGAGGACUGAAGAGAACAAGACAAAGUGGAGAUGUGCUGUUGAAGCCUUACGCUCCACUCAGAACUCAACCGAAUAAUAAUAUGAUAAUAAUAAUAAUAAUGUAUUUUCGAUCAAAGCAAGAAUAAGAAUGGAGAUGUGGAAUGUCUGUUAUAAUGUACGAGACUGUAAAAUGCCGCCCAGGUAGCCAAAGAAAUGCGAAUAUAUGGCAUAGAAGUUCUGGGUAUCUGCAAGAGCAGAUGGAAUGGAUGUUGAUUAUAAAAAUAAUCAACUGGAGAGUCAGUAAUCUAAUCCAGUCUGGUCAUCCAGACGACAACCACGAGCACAUUGAGGGAGGAGUUAUAAUGAUGUCACUAGCGGAAAGCAAUUUCAUCCAGGAUCAAGACCGCAAGAUUCAACUCAAAAGGAAGGAAGGAAGGUCACAAUUAUCCAAUGGUAUGCACAGGGCUACAAACAAAACGCAACACGACAAGAAAGAAGAUUUUUACACACAACUACAAACAGUAAUGGAUAAAGAUGGAUCGGGCAUGACAUCGCCCGCCAACCCCCAAGUUGGAAGCGACGAAUGAUUUUUCAGCGCGAAGGUGACAUUGGGGAGAUCGUGCGAGUUGGAAGAUAUGAGAGAUUAUGGGCAAUUGUGGAUCCAGCUGAAGAGGAUGGCAGAAAA